UGUAAUUUGAGAAAUAACAAAAAAUGCGUAAAACUAGUGUCUGAAUGUGCAUCAUUCGGCCAAACUUUUAUAGCUUUUUGCACGCAUUCUGACCUCGAGAUGACUUCCCCCGAACCUCGAGUACACAGAGGCAGUGCUUCUACUUUUACCAGAGCCAAGAGUCACUUGGUAGACUCAGUCUUUGGUGAACCGUAGUGGAUACAAGAUCGCGAAAAAGUCUCCUCUACAAACAUCCAGUCGAUGUGAUAUCAUUCGAAAGUGAUCGUAUAUGAAAGUCUCUCUUUCAUCGGGCAAAUGUUAAAAGUGUUAAACACGCUUUUAUAGAAGUUUUACCAAAAAAAUAAAUAAAAAAAAAAGAAAAUUUUCGCAAAGAGAUCACUAUUUCCAAAAUUGUGCAGAUAUGACGCGGCUUUUGGUGUUAAUUUUGUGCAUCUCAAUGGCCACAACACAGAGAAAUGGGAAUAACAUUGUGAAAGAUCGCGGAGAUGAGGAGAACAGCGAGAUUGUGCGACAAAAUAGAAUAACCCAGAGGAUUAUAGCAAAUUUCUUGGAGAGGCGACUCUUUCCACAUCGUCGGCCUCAGCAGAGUAUCCCAACAAUUGACGAAAUCCUGCCUUUGACCACUCAGUCACCCCUAAAAAUUCCACCAAAACUUCCCAGUAAGGAUGAGGAUGACUCCCAGGCAGACGAUGUGGAACAGGAAUCAUUGCAGAGUGUCGAGUCAGAACAUUGGGAUAACUUCUACAAUGAUGAUUAUUUCGAUGAAGAUUGUCCAAAUUGUGUAGAUGAAUCUCAAUUGACACCAAAUAGAUGGACAAUGCCAUUACUCAAGUUGGGCGAGAAGAGAUACUACUUGGGAGUCUUCUUCAGGGCAAAUUGGUUCAGAGCUGCACAGUACUGUCGAUUCCAUGGAAUGCAUUUGGCCAGUAUAGCAUCUCAGGAGGAGAAUGACAAACUUGAGAAGCAUAUUCGUGAUUUCGGCUUUGGAAAUGAGCACUUCUGGACCUCAGGCACUGAUUUGGCAGAUGAAGGCAGUUUCUUCUGGAUGUCCACAGGGCGUCCCAUUACCUUCACAAAUUGGAAUGCUGGAGAACCAAAUAACUUCCGCUACGAGAAUGGCGAGGAGGAGAACUGCCUGGAACUGUGGAAUCGCGAUGGCAAGGGACUCAAGUGGAAUGAUUCUCCAUGCAGUUUUGAGACUUAUUUCGUCUGUGAAGUACAAUAAAAUCAUCCCAGAAUCGAAGUGAAACUCUAAGAAAAUAGACAGGAUGAAAGCACAAAAACACAUUUUGUACAGAACUGCCCGAAGAAUAUUUCAUCAGUGCUUUUGUCCUAUCCCAAGGAACUCUCAUGUAGAAGAAAAUUGAGAGAUACGUUCUGUUAAUGUAUACUUAAUAAUUAAGUGAAGCAUAAGAUUAAAUUCAAUGUAAAUAUUCGAAUAGCUUUUCCAAAUCUCUUAAGUGUGUGAAUAGAAAUAAAUAUUUUUUACAAA